UAAAACCAACGCAACCAUGUUCCCAACGAAAAAAGGCGGAGGGCUAAUUACUGUAUUGCCGCUUUUAUAAAUAGACUGUUACGAAAGGCGAUGUUUCCAUAGCUGUAGACUUGCUGGCUAGAAGACCGACCCAGAUGCCCGUAAGUUUGUGAAACUUGAAUGAUUGCGAUGAGCCGCUAUCUGUGGCUUCCCUUGUCCUAUGUAACCAACUCCGUACGAAAAAACGGUGAAGAGGUCAAUGGCAGCGACUUCUUCUUCGCCCUAUAUGGCCUCUCCAACACCACCUCGUUCUUCAAUUGGGGCAACCUAACCAUCGAAGACUGGGGCAUCUUCAACAAUCAUACCAAGUAUGAAGCCGAGUCCAAGAAUCCGACUGUGAAGGCGCUGCUGAUUGUGGCUUACUCAGUCAUCAUUGUCAUCUCACUGUUCGGCAAUGUCCUCGUCUGCCAGGUGGUGAUAAAAAACAAGCGGAUGCAUUCCGCAACAAGCCUCUUCAUAGCUAACCUGGCCGUAGCAGAUAUUAUGAUCACCCUUCUCAACACCCCAUUCACACUGGUCCGCUUCGUGAAUAGCAACUGGGUGUUCGGCAAGUUGAUGUGUCAUGUUAGUCGCUUUGCUCAGUACUGUUCUGUGCACGUUUCUGUUCUGACCCUCACUGCCAUUGCUCUUGACCGACACCAGGUUAUCAUGCAUCCCUUGAAGCCGAGAAUGUCUAAGGCUAAAGGAGUUCUCUGCAUCAUCAUCAUUUGGAUCAUGGCUACAGGUUUCUCUCUUCCACAUGCAAUCUACCAGAAGUUGUUUAAAGUUGAAUACAGGAAGGAGCAAGUGCGAAGUUUGUGUCUCCACAAUUUCCCACAGCCAGCAGAUUUGUAUUGGAAGUAUAUGGACUUGUCCACUUUUAUUCUCCUCUAUGUUCUGCCACUCCUGAUCAUAAGCGUGGCCUACACUACAGUGGCAAAGAAGCUGUGGUUGCGGAAUGCCAUUGGGGACAUCACUGUGGAGCAAUACUUUGCCCACAGGCGUAAGAAAAAGAUGAUGCUGAAGAUGCUGAUGCUGGUUGUGGUGGUGUUUGCUGUCUGUUGGUUUCCCUUGAACUGCUACUUGGUGCUCAUCUCCAGCAAGGCCAUCAACACCAACAACGCCUUGUACUUCACCUUCCACUGGUUUGCCAUGAGUAGCACAUGUUACAACCCCUUCAUCUACUGCUGGCUGAACGCAAAUUUCCGAUCUGAAUUCAAAUCCCUGUUGAGUAUGUGCAGGAGGAAGAGGGCCACCCACGUGCAGCAGCUUGCCUACAGCCCCCCUCCCUACAGGCAGGCAUGGAAUGAUGGGAGAAGCCACAAGAGGAUCAGUGAAGCUCGGAAUCCACGGUUUAGCACCAACAUAAACUCCGCAAGGACUGAUAUUUCCAUUGUGGAACCCAUUGUGACAGUCGGCUAAAUAAUGAAUCAAAGACACUGUAACUACCAUCGUUCCACAACCAGAAAAUGUCCAAGGGUCUCUCAGGCUUAUAAAGUUAAUUCUUAGGAUGGGAACAUUGCUGGCAAGGCCGAUAUUUUGGCACCAGUUCAGUAGCACUGAGAAGGUUGGUAUGGGGCCUCUACAAUUGUUUGACACAAGCUUGCUCAGUCACUUCAGAAACAGAAUGUGGUAAGGAUACCAGAGUUUCUUCCUUGAGUGGCAUUUGUGGUAGAAAUAAAAAUAAGAUGUGAAAUGAUCAGUCAGCUGCCUUGUGUCCAUGUUUAUAAAAAUGCAGUGGUUCAAAUUUGAGUUUAAUGUUGCAAGCCAAUGGAUUACUGAUAACGCAGCAUAAACCCAAGAUCACUGCAUCACUUACUGUGAAGGUCAUAAUAAAGACUGGCAACCACUUAAGAAUGACCAGUUUUCAAGGACAUUAUGGGAAAUUUGUUGAAGGAUUUUUAAUGUAUUCCUCAAUUAAUUCCAAGAAAUUGAUCACUUUCUGCAGAGUACAGUAAAAUUGGCUAUCAGAUGAAUCAGUGCUUCUUGUCAGAAUUAUGUUGGUAUUGUAAACUUAUUGAAAGUCUGAAUUGAUGCUGUUAUUGUCAGUAAUUUGUACAAAGAGCAUAUUAAUAUAUAAAUUACAAUCCUGAUGAAGGGUCUCGGCCCAAAAUGUCAACUGUUUAUUUCCUUCCAUAUGUAGAUGCUGCCUGACCUUCUGAGUUCCUCCAGUGUUUUGUGUGUGUUACUCUGAACUUCCAGCAUAUGAAAACAAUCUCUUGUACUUAACAUAUAAUGUAUUACUUUGCUUUGUACUAUCUUUGCUAAUGUAUUGAUUUUGCAAAGUUGCAAGGCUAAAAUUAAAAAUGGUACUACGGAGUCGAUUAAACUACAUGAUGGAGU